AUGCUAAGCAGGAGAUCGAUUUUUUGCGUGCUAGUUUUGAAUGUAACACUAACCUUUGGCAAAGGAUGGUGGAAAGAACCAACAAGCAAACCAUCUAGGCAACCGCUGAAGACUACUCAAGGCAUAAAAACGCCGGUGAUCAUUGUACCAGGAUCUGGAGGCAGUCAAAUUGAAGCCAAGCUGGACAAACCCAGUGCUCCAAGUUGGUUUUGCUCAAAGAAAACUUCAGAUUACUUCACUCUGUGGUUUCAAAAGUCAUCUCUCCUCCCUUACGCUAUACACUGUUGGGCUGACAAUAUGAGGCUAAUUUAUGAUGAAAAGACAAACACCGUUAGAAACGCGCCGGGUGUAGAAACGAGAGUUCCCGGAUUUGGUGACACCUCAACCAUAGAGCACUUGGAUACCACAAACUUGAUCUCGUACUUUAAACCAAUGGUAGACACGCUGGUCUCCUGGGGAUACAAACGAGGAUUCAGCGUCAGAGCUGCACCGUAUGACUUCCGCUAUGGACCUGAAUCAGCGUCGGAAUAUUUUGGAAAACUGAAGAAAUUGAUUGAGGACACGUAUUUAGCAAACGGCAACAAAAAGAUAACUUUGAUGAGUCACAGUCUGGGAUGUCCCUACACAUUAGUUUUCCUCAACAAGCAAACACAAGACUGGAAGGAUAAAUAUAUUCUACAAUGGAUUGCUCUUGCAGGCGUUUUUGGCGGUGUAGCAGAAAUGAUUCAUCUCUUCUCUGCCGGAGUUACUCUUGGUAUCCCACACUUCCUUGUGGACCCAAUUGACGUCAGAGGUCAGCAGCGAACAUCAACUAGUAACGCCCUAAUGAUGCCUAGCCCUGAACUGUGGGGCGCGGGUGAAGUCUUAGCCAAAACACCUGAUCGCGUCUACACUGUGAACGACUACGAAGAGUUUUUCAGAGAUGUUGGGUUCCCACUCGGUAUAAAGCUCAGAAAAAUGGUGAAAGACCUGAUCUACCCUUUAGCCGCGCACGCGCCUCAUGUGAGGUUACACUGCUUGUAUGGCACUGGAGUCCAUACCCCUGCAAGCUAUUUAUUUGGGAAAGGAGAGUUCCCGGAUAAGCAACCGGAAAUUAUUUACGGCGAUGGGGACGGCACAGUCAAUCGACGCAGUCUGGAGGCCUGCGGUAAAUUUAGCCAGCAGCAGAAUUACGACGUCACGCUUAAAGGGUACGAUUCAGUGAACCACGAAGGAGUACUGGGCGACACAAACGCGCUGAAUUAUAUCAAGGGUGUUUUAUUUUAA